GGAAGCCCUUUCGUUUCAAAGAUGGCUGCCUCCACAUGUAAACAUGCGACCUAGUCGGGAUUUAGCGAAUCAUUUUUGUGCCAAUUAUUGGUGAGGCUUUGUUGUGUCAAAACUAGUAGUUGGACGGUUAAGUUCAGUUCCUGGUUAAUAACAGACUAGAUAUCGGCUUGUGAGUUUUUUUGUAUAUUUUUUAUAGCGCUAAAGCUUAGCGUUUAGCUGGUAGCAAAGAGCCAUGCCUGCUAUGACCAUAUUCGUGGCUUCUUUGCCUGAAACGGCAACAAAUGAACGACUUGAGGAAAUAUUCUCCGAAGUUGGUCCAGUGAAACAAUGCUUCGUUGUCAGAGAAAAAGGAACAGAGAAAUGUCGGGGCUUUGGCUUCGUCACUUAUUCUAUGGAAGAAGAUGCACAUCGUGCCUUGAAGGAAGUAAAAGAAUACGACGGGAAAAAACUCUCUCUUUCAGUGGCUAAAAAGAAAAUGAGAGAGAAAAAGACACCAGAGAAAGAGGAACCAUGUCCCUCUCAGGAAAAGAAGGAAACUACAGAUGUCAAGCAAAAAAUAUCUAAACAAGCUAGACUUGUCAUACGGAAUUUGAGUUUUAAGUGCACAGAAGAUGACUUAAAAGAAGUAUUUGAAAAGUUUGGCACCGUUGUAGAGGCCAAUAUAGCCCUCAAACCAGAUGGAAAGAUGCGAGGAUUUGCAUUUGUCCAGUUUAAAAAUAUGUCUGGAGCCACGAAGGCACUCCAGGCUAUGAACCUGAAAGAGAUAAAAGGACGCCAAGUAGCGGUUGACUGGGCUGUGCCAAAAGAAAAGUAUAUCGCUGCACAGCAGUCUUUAAGUUCAGGCAGUAAAGCUGCAGAAGAGACAGACCCAAAAACAGGAAGUAAUUCUGAGGAGGAAAAAAAACAAGGGAAAAAACAAGAAACUACGGAGAAGAAAAAAGGGUUAAAGGCAGCUGCACAGCCUGUGGAAGAUCUUCAGUCAAGCGAUGUGGAAAACUUGGAAUCGGAUGAGGAUGAUGACGAUGAUGAUGAAGAUGACAUUGAUGAAGAAACUGAAGAUGAUAAUGAGCAGGAUGAGAUGAAGGAAGAAGAUGACUAUGAUACAGAUGAUGAUAAUGAGAGUGAGGAUGAAAGAGAAGAAGAAAUCUCAUCAGCUCGGAAAAAAAAGCCAAGGAAAAAUCUAUCUUCAGAUGUGAAAGAGGGACGAACCGUUUUCAUCAGGAACUUGUCCUUUGAUACUGAAGAAGACGGUCUCGAGGAAGCUCUUCUACAGUUUGGAGAGCUUAACUAUGUAAAGAUUGUUCUUCAUCCAGACACACAGCAUUCAAAAGGUCUUGCAUUUGCUCAGUUUAAGACUAAAGAGGCUGCAGACGGCUGCAUAGCUGCAGCUAAAGAUGAGACGGAGAAUGGUGGAAUCCGUGUCGAUGGUAGAAAGCUGAUGGUUGUUGCUGCAGUGAGUAGAGAAGACGCUAUGAAGCUGAAAGUCGACAAGAAAAAAGUAGAAACAGGAAGCAGGAACCUGUACCUGGCAAGAGAGGGAUUGAUCCGUGCUGGAACUAAAGCAGCAGAGGGUGUAUCUGAGGCAGAUAUGGCCAAAAGAGUCAGAUUUGAAGAGAUAAAGAGAGCAAAGCUCCGGGACGUAAACGUAUUCGUCUCAAAAAACCGCCUGUGUGUCCAUAACCUGCCAAAGUCUGUAGAUAACAAAAAGCUCAAAGCACUGUGCCUUCAAGGUCUUAAAGGAGUCAAAGGAGUUCGGAUUACAGAGUGUCGGGUCAUGUAUGACAAAAAGCCAGAGAAGGGUCAGUUGAUGGGUCAGUCGUUGGGUUAUGGUUUCGUCCAGUUCCAGGACCAUGAGCAGGCUCUCGACACUCUGCGUUACCUUAACAACAACCCUGACAUCUUUAGCCCUCACAAGAGACCUAUAGUUGAGUUUUCUCUUGAGGACUCCAGGAAGCUAAAACUCAAAGAAAUGCGAAAACAAAGAAAUAAAGAAAUAAUAAAAAAUCGAACUGUUAAAGAAGAGAUAAAAAUGUCCCAGAUGGGUUCAGACACCAAAAGACUAAAGAAGGGCGGAAAUAAAGAACAGUCCUCAUCACUGCCAACAGGAAAGGAGAAAGCGUCCUCUGAAAGGCAGAAGCAACACUUUUCAGGCUUUCAGACCCAGCCUGAGGUUGAACAUGUCGAUUUAAAAAAUGGAAAGAAACGAAAGAAGGUUCUACCUUUACCUUCCCAUCGCGGACCAAAGAUAAGAAUGCGUGACAAAGAGAAGCAACAGGCACCUCCUGCCAAGAAAGCAAAACCUGGAUCUAAAAGGAACAGGCGUCAAAGACAAAUUGAAAAGCCUACUCAGACCAGAAAACAGUUAAAGACCGGCACGAAACAGUUCAAGAGGAGGGAUGGCGACCGUUUUGAUUCCUUGGUCGAGCAGUACAAGCGGAAACUGAUGGGUGGCAGUGACAAGAACGCCUCCUUCAAAAGAAAUAAGUGGUUUGAUGGUUAAAUCUGUUUGUCAGGAAAAAAA